AUGUCUGACUACCCUCCACCUCCCGUAAACACCAUUGACUGGAGCAAUGUAGGCUUCAAGAUCCGCGAAGUCGCCGGCCAUGUCGAAUCCCACUACUCCGUCAAAACCGGCCAAUGGACUACCCCCGCCUUCGUCGAGGACCCCUUUCUCCGCAUCCACGGCAUGGCCCCCGCCCUGAACUACGGCCAGCAAUGCUACGAAGGACUCAAGGCUUUCCGCGGCCCAGAUGGCCAAAUCAGCAUUUUCCGGCCUCAAAAGAACGCCGAGCGGAUGCAGCACUCCGCCUCCUUUGUGUCAAUGCCUGAGGUUCCUACGGAGCACUUCCUCGAAUGCUGCAAGCUCGCCGUAGGCAUGAACGCCGCGUACGUUCCACCCCAUGAGACCGGCGCCGCUAUGUACGUCCGCCCGUUGCUGUUCGGCAGUUCCGCCCAACUAGGCCUGAAUCCCCCGGAAGAAUACACCUUCGUCGUCUUCGUAAUUCCCACCGGUGUCUACCACGGCACGCACCCCGUCGACGCACUGAUCCUCGAGCACUUCGACCGCGCGGCGCCCGAUGGCACCGGCUCAGCGAAAAUCGGAGGCAACUACGCGCCCGUGCUGCGGUGGAGCGAGAAGGCACAUAAGGCCGGGUACGGUAUCACGCUGCAUCUGGACAGCAAGACGCGCACUGUCAUCGAUGAGUUCUCGACUAGUGCGUUCAUUGGUGUGAAGAAGAAUGGGGAUAAAUAUAAGCUUGUUGCUUCGAACAGUAAGAAUGUUAUCAAGAGUGUGACAGGAGAUUCGAUUUUGAGGAUUGCGGAAAGCUUUGGGUGGGAGGCUGAGUCGCGCGAGAUCCCCUACGAGGAACUCAACACCUUCGACGAGGUCCUCGCCGCCGGUACCGCAGCAGCUCUUGUUCCCAUCAGGUCCAUCACCCUGGAGUCGAAGGGCGAGAAGAUCUCGUACAAGGAUGCCGCCGAGGAGCCAGGCCCCGCAUGCGUUAAGCUCCUCUCCACACUGAAGGGCAUCCAGCUCGGCAACAUUGAGGACAAGCAAGGCUGGCGACUGAAGGUCGAGAGGCCGCAGCAAUGGGGCAAGAAUGGUGUGAAUGGCGCAGAGGAGACCGUCGACCAGCUGCCAUGA